GCGAGGGCAGGCUAUGGCAGGGGGCUGAACUAGGUGUCCUUGCGGGGUACCAGCUCUGCUAUUUCUCUGAGUCUGGCGGUGGUGCACUCUCUUCCCUGUAGGUUAGUAAGCAGAGGCGGGGGGGGGGCGUCUGCAGAAGGAUGCUCCUUGCACGAGGGGGUUGGACUAGAUGACCCCUGGGGGUCCCUUCCCGAGGAGCCCGAAGAGCUUUCGCAGCCAGGUGUCAGAGGCUCGUCCAGACCCAAGGAAAGUAUCGCCCUCCCUCCGUCCACUUGCACAGGGAGUGGUUGCAGCCAAGGCACCAUCGAAAGGGCUGCUCUGCUGCUAUUCUGAGUUGCAAAGGAAAGGAUCUCCCCCUCCCCCCUCCUCCUCUUAGAUCUCUCUGGCAUUUUGGAUUCUGGGAAGGCGACUCCUGCUUCUUGCAGAGCCUUUUUCCUCCCAUCUCCACCUCCCGUUCCUGGCCAAGGGAGGGAGCAGCUCAGAGCCCCCCCCCCGGCUGUGCGCGAUGCCCGGGGCUCCUCCGGGACUCCUGCUUUGCAGAGGGACGGAGGGGUGAGCUUGCUCCGCUCGGCAUUGCAAGGGUUAAAAGGAGCGGAGCUGGAUUCCUAGAGAGGAGAGGAAAUGAAGGAGGGGCCAGGUCCCGUCCCCCCAGAGCCAAACCUUCUCCCUCCACCCCCCCCUCCACUCCCUGCAUAGGGAAAGGUCUGGCUCUGGUCUCUCUCUGCAAAUGCUGCCUCGGUGGCCCCACCUGGGAUCUGGAUUUGGUAGCACCUUUCAUAAGGACACACAGAACUUGGCAGAAGACCAAGGAUUCCUUCCAAUCUCUUGGAGGCUUCCUAAGAGCCCAGAUGGAUGAGCAAGACUCAGCUGGCCCAGAAGUAGGAAGAGGCCAUGCCAUCAACACUGGGAGCAGUGGGGGAUUCUGGGAAAACUCUCUGCAGAAGAUCGUGAGUGAGAAGGAUACCCUCUGCUCAGAUGUGUGGAACCAGCAUUUCAGGGAGUUCUGCUACCAGGAGGUCGAAGGACCCAGAGAGAUUUGCAGCCGCCUCCACCACCUUUGCCAUCAGUGGCUGAAGCCAGAAAGGCAUACAAAAGCUGAGAUGCUGGACCUGGUGAUCUUGGAGCAGUUCCUGGCUGUCCUUCCACCGGAGCUGGGGAGCUGGGUGAGGGAAUGUGGAGCAGAGACCAGUUCCCAGGCGGUGGCCCUGGCUGAAGGUUUCCUCCUGAGUCAGGAAAUGGAGAGACAGCAGGCAGAGCAGCAGGGAAAGGAUCCAUUUGCAGAGAUGGGCCCGGAUUCCUCUGAGGCAAAGAGGACUCUGUUGGACACCAGAGAGAGGUCCCCAGGUGACAGAAGGAUGCUGGCAAGACCUCCUCACCUGCCUUUCCAUGGAGGUGGAGCAGAAGCCGUGGCUGUGGAACCAGAUCAGGGUUCAGUUUGCUUUGAAGAUGUAGCUCUCUAUUUCACAGACGAGGAAUGGGCAUUGCUGGAUCCUGACCAGAGAGCUCUGCAUAAGGAAGUCAUGAAGGAGAAUCGUGGGAUCCUGGACUCUCUCAGUGGUAAUGAAUUGGAAAUUAGGAACAAGAGAGAACAGGACAAAUUCCACACAGUGAAAAAACCCUAUCGAUUUUUGGAGUGCGGAGAGAGUUUCAGGCAGAGCUCCCAUUCCUCUUCCCAUCAAAGAAAUCCCAUUGGACAGAAACCAUAUCAGUGCUUGGAAUGUGGAAAGAGCUUCAGUCGGAGGGAAAGUCUCACUUCCCAUCUAAGAAAUCAUACAGGGGAUAAACCGUAUCAGUGUUUGGAAUGUGGAAAGAGCUUCAACCAGAAGAAAAAUCUCAUUUCCCAUCAAAUAAUUCAUACAAGAGAGAAACCAUAUCAGUGUUUGGAAUGUGGAAAGAGCUUCAGUCGGAAAGAAAGUCUCAAUUCCCACCAAAGAACUCAUACAGGGGAGGAACCAUAUCGGUGCAUGGAAUGUGGAAAAAGCUUCACCUGGAAAGAAAGUCUCAAUUCCCAUCAAAGACUUCAUAGUGGGGAGGAACCAUUUAAAUGCUUGGAAUGUGGAAACAGCUUCAGUUGUAAGAGAAAUCUCACUUUCCAUCAAACAAUUCAUACAGGGGAGAAGCCGUAUCAGUGCUUGGAAUGUGGGAACACCUUCACCCAGAAGUUAAGUCUCAUCUCCCACCAUCUAAUUCAUACAGGAGAGAGACCGUAUCAGUGCUUGGAAUGUGGGAAAAGUUUCAAUAAGAGGGGCAAUCUCACAGCCCAUCAAAGAAUUCAUACAAGGGGGAAACCAUAUCAGUGCUUGGAAUGUGGAAGGAGCUUCAGCCGGAACUCCAAUCUCACCACCCAUCAAAUAAUUCAUACAGGGGAGAAACCGUAUCAGUGCUUGGAAUGUGGAAAGAGAUUCACCCAUAAGAAAAUUCUCACUUGCCAUCAAAGAAUUCACACCGGGGAGAAUCCAUACCAGUGCUUGGAACGUGGAAAGAGAUUCAUUCAGAGGGAAAGUCUCGCUUCCCAUCUAAGAAAUCACACAGGGGAUAAACCGUAUCAGUGUUUGGAAUGUGGAAAGAGCUUCCGUAAGAGCUGCCAUCUCACAGCCCAUCAAAGAAUUCAUACAGGGGAAAAACCAUAUCAGUGCUUGGAAUGUGGAAAGAGCUUCAGUCGGAAAAAUGGUCUCAAUUCCCACCAAAGAACUCAUACAGGGGAGGAACCCUAUCGGUGCAUGGAAUGUGGAAAAAGCUUCACCUGGAAAGAAAGUCUCAAAUCCCAUCAAAGACUUCAUAGUGGGGAGGAACCAUUUAAAUGCUUGGAAUGUGGAAAGAGCUUCACACGGAAGGGCAGUCUUGCUUCCCAUCAAAGAAUUCAUAGUGGGGAGAAACCGUAUCAGUGCUUGGAAUGCGGAAAGAGUUUCAAUAAGACGGGCAAUCUCACGGCCCACCAAAGAAUUCAUACAAGGGAGAAACCAUAGUAGUGCUUGGAAUAGGGCAAGAGCUUCAGGAAGCACCAAUCUCACUGCCCACCCAAGAACUCAGGAAACCCUUUAUCAAUGGCUGUGUAUGAAUUUAAUUUUUGGAGGCUUUAGUAUGUGGAUGAGGAUUGCAAUGGAGAAGACCCUCCGACCCUCCGUGCCCAAUAUUUCUUCAAGGUGCAAGUCGCUGUACGAGGUGUUGAAUACCUUUUCCUCGUCACAUCUGGGGAGACGGUUAGGAGCAAUUUGGCAACACUGACGAGGCAGCCAUCAAUGCUGAUCUCUUCUCUGAAGACGUUGACAAGUAAUUUGUGCUUCAAGAGCCUCCAAGUUGCAAUUUUGUGCUGCUGUUGACUGCGACUGUCGCCUUUGCGUGUCCAGGAUGGGGUCGUCAUUAAGCUCUUCCUGGCAUCUGCUAAGCACACACAGAAAAUAAGAAUUCAUACAGGGGGGGAACCAUGUCAGUGCUUGGAAUGUGGGAAGAGAUUCAUUCAGAGCGCAAGUCUCAGGUCCCAUCAAAGAAUUCAUACUGGAGAGAAACCAUUUCAAUGCUUGAAAUGUGGAAAGAGCUUCAGUCAAAGGGCUGCUCUCAUUGCCCGUCAAAUAACUCACAGUGGGGAGAAACCAUAUCAGUGCACAGAAUGUGGAAAAAGCUUCAUUAGGAAGGAUGGUCUCAUUUCCCAUCAAAGAAUUCAUACAGGGGAGAAACCAUAUCAGUACAUGGAAUGUGGAAAGAGCUUCAUUCAGAGUUCCAAUCUCACUUCCCAUCAAAUGACUCACAGUGGCGAAAAACCAUUUAAAUGCUUGGAAUGUGGAAAAAGCUUCAAUUCCAAGAGAAAUCUCGCUUCCCAUCAAAGAAUCCAUAUGGUGGAGAAACCAUAUCUUUGCUUGGAAUGUGGAAAGGGUUUCAGUCGUCAUGCCAAUCUAAUGUUCCAUCAAAGAACUCACAGCGGAGAGAAUCAAAGUGUUAUGAUUCUAUGAUUUCUCUACACUAAGGGCGGAAAUUGGGGAAAGCCUUCCCAUUGUGUUUUUGCUUACAAAUCCUGUCUUAAGGGUGUAUUUGUGUAUGGAUAGUGACCUGGAUUCAGGAACUAAAGUAUUUACCAUCACAAAAGAAUAGCCAGGCUGCCCAGCUGAAGCAAUCAGUGACCAUUAUCAGGUAUCCUGACAGGCAGGAUUUCUGCUGUAGACCGCCUUCUGUGAUUUAUGUAUGAUGUUUUUGGGGUGGUCUUGGGCAAUUUCAAAGGUCUAUAUAAGGGCUUGGGCACCAUUUUUCAGAGUUCUCCCUCCUUCUGGUGAGUGGGGAUCCUGUUGCAACAAUUCCUUUAAUAAAAAUCAGGCUGACUAGCCGCUUUGUGGUUGGCCUCUGUUAUUUUCUCCUACCACACCUACCACUUAAGGACUCUAUAUGGGCUCUUGGAUACCCCAUAAGGGAAAAUGAGCCGUUUUCCCUUAUAACAGCUGCGAGAGAGCUCUGCCUGGAGAGCUGCUGCCAGUCAGUGCAGGCAAUACACUGUCUGCAGUCUCGCUUCCUAAAACCACACAGAACACAUGGGAGCUCUGAAUCUGCCUGGAGCUGCUCCUCUUCUGGGCGGCUCUUCUGUCAAUGCCCACAAAGGCCUCUUGGGUCCAGUCCAAAGGAUGCCAGACUCGGUGCCAGGCAUGUUUCCAAGGGGAGAAUGUGCACAGUCGUGGCCCUGGCAGCCCUGGCAGGACCCACAGCCUCUGAGCUUGGAGGGGAAGAAGAUAAGAUAAGAAGAACCUGCUGGAUCCGGCCAACGCUCCUGUGAGAACAGGAUGCUGGACUCAAUGGGCCCCUGGCUUCAUCCAGUAUGCUCUUCUGAGAAAAGGUAAAGGACCCCUGGAUGGUUAAGUCCAGUCAAAGGUGACGAUGGGGUUGUGGCGCUCAUCUUGCUUUUCAGGCCGAAGGAGAUGGCGUUUGUCCGCAGACAGCUUUCCAGGUCAUGUGGCCACCAUGACUAAACCGCUUCUGGCGCAAUGGAACAGCGUGACGGAAACCAAAGCGCACGGAAACGCCGUUUACCUUCCUGCCGCAGAGAUGCCUGUUUAUCUACUUGCACUGGUGUGCUUUAAACUGCUAGGUUGGCAGGAGCUGGGGCAGAGCAACCCUGUUGCAGGGAUUCGAACCGCCGACCUUCUGAUUGGCAAGCCCAAGAAGCUCAGUGGUUUAGACCACAGCGCCACCCGCAGCACCACAACUAAUCCCCUCGCAGACAUCCCUGCCUGCCAUCAGCUGCAGGGCUGGCUGGGGCAAAGAACUUUCCUUUUCUGAAACUCCCGGGUGGUCCUGGUGUGACUCCCGCAGGGCUGAAUGGCCAAGGAUGCUGCCGAGCAGCCAGACAGCCAUCUCCAUGCAGAGCAUUUGGGGCUGCUGCCUCUCUUAAUAAUAAUAAUAAUAAUUUAUUAUUUAUACCCCGCCCAUCUGGCCGGGUUCCCCCAGCCACUCUGGGCGGCUUCCAAAAAAACAGAAAUUCUAAAAUACAGAAAUCCAUCAAACAUUAAAAGCUUCCCUAAACAGGGCUGCCUUGAGAUGCCUUCUAAAGGUCUGGUAAUUGUUCUCUUUGACCUCUAGUGGGAGGGCAUUCCACAGGGUGGGUGCCACUACCGAGAAGGCCCUCUGCCUGGUUCCCUGUAACUUGGCUUCUCGUAAUGAGGGAACCGCCAGAAGGCCCUCGGAGCUGGACCUCAGUGUACGGGCAGAACGAUGGGGGUGGAGACGCUCCUUCAGGUAUACCGGACCGAGGCCAUUUAGGGCUUUAAAGGUCAACACCAACACUUUGAAUUGUGCUCGGAAACGUACUGGGAGCCAAUGUAGGUCUUUUAGGACCGGUGUUAUGUGAUCUCGGCGGCCGCUCCCAGUCACCAGUCUAGCUGCCGCAUUCUGGAUUAGUUGUAGUUUCCGGGUCACCUUCAAAGGUAGCCCCACGUAGAGCGCAUUGCAGUAGUCCAAGCGAGAGAUAACUAGAGCAUGCACCACUCUGGAGAGACAGUCACUGGGCAGGUAAGGACUUGCAAAAUUGCCUUCCUUCUUCAAUCUGCUUCCUUCUCAGCCCAGAUAGUUUUGGCCUCUUCCCUGUUCCUACCACCGGGGAGGAGUUUAGCAUAU